AUGUAAUUUAUAUUAAUAUUGGUUCUCGCACUUACAACACUAUCAUAAUCGACCGAUUACGCUUUAUUCAUCAAAAAUUCAAACUCUUAAGCUUGGGAAAGAAUAGGGGAGAUGAAAGUAUCUAGAUCCAAUUUUUAAAAUGCCCAGAUCAACUUAAAUUAAAAUAGACAGCAAAUAGUAGAUCGCAAAAAAAUUAAUGAAGUAAUAUAUACAGUGUCUAAUUAAGAAUACUUAUGUUUUAUUGAAAUUGCAGAAUUUGCAGGAUGAAAAAUCUUAUAUUGCGCAUAUAGAUGGGAAAUAAUUAUCACUUUUUAAUUAGAAAUCCAAUUAUUAAGAAAUAAUUACUUUAGUUUUAUCAAACAAUGAUUUAUUAUCUUUUGAUUAUGGAUUAAAACCUGUAAGGAAAAAUGUCGAAACCUAUAUCCAAGUUUAAGUUAAAGAUUUGGAAGUAGCCCCCCAAGGAUUAGUACCACAAUUUGAUGAAAAAAUUCCUGAAGAAGAAGAAUAAAAACCUUAGGGAAUUUUUGGAUUAAUUUUAUAAUAUGUAAGUACCUCUUCUAUCCUUAGAAAUGGUAUAUCAUUAUUGGAUUUUUUGUAUUUUUCCUAACUUCACAAGCUGAUCCCUAAAAGUUAAAUGAAACUGUUCAAUAAGCAUAAGAAUAAGCAUAGGCAUAAGCAUAAAGAAGAAAAAAUAAAUGAG